AUCACCAUUCAAUUUUGAUAAUUUUUUUUUUCACUUCUGUGAAGGUAGUUUGCUCCAUGAAUGUUUAAGCUGUUCAUAUAACUAUACAACUACAAAGAUGAGACCUUCAUUGAUUUCACUUAAAGCAGUGAGAAUACCUACUCCUAAACCAGCAGUCGUCAACUACGAAAUACCUGCAUUAUCAUCCAUAAAUUACACAGACUUACCUAAUAAUGGAUUUGGAAUCAAGAACUAUUCCAUUGAAAAGACUAAAUUCAAACACUGGCCAGUUUAUUUAAAAGUACAAAAUACAAAGUUAACCACCGAAGUAAAGAGGAUAAAGGGAGACUUAGCACAAUUCAAAACUGAUCUCUUGUCAAUCAAUCCUGAUCUUAAAAUAACAGUUAAUCAAACUUAUGGAUAUGCCAAUAUUAAAGGAAAUGUUGUUGAUGAAAUAAAACAAUACUUUGAUAAUGGAAUCAAAACCGACAUAUAAAUAGUAUUAUAAUUCAUCAUUCACUCUUGUAUAUACCACAUCUAUUUCAAGUAUAUUAAUAUAUGAAAUUUAAUGUCCAAUAUUAGCUAUAUAUAC